CGGCCGCCAGCACUAAAGAUGGAGAGGCGCCGGGGCCUCGCAGGGGAGGGGGCUCGGCGUUGACGUGGGACGCGGCGGAGGCGCCGCAGCCGGUGGUGAUUUGCUAACCUCGCAGCACAGAGGAGUUGAGGGCGAUGAGAGCGGGUACUGCGAACUGCCGGGCGAUGCCGCCGCUGCCGCCGUGAUACCGAGAGCAACAGUUCCCCAGCAACACCCCUCCCCGACACAGGUACACACCCCCAAGAGGCACGCACACACACCCCACGGCGCCCGGCUCGGCAGUGCCCUCUACAUUGGCCCAGGAAACCCACCCUGCCCUGCCACGCAGAGCCAGGAAGGAAAGAGAGCCUCAUGCCUAAGCCUCGGGGAGCACCAUGGAUCUGACAAAGAUGGGCAUGAUCCAGCUGCAGAACCCCAGCCACCCCACGGGGCUCCUUUGCAAGGCCAACCAGAUGCGGCUGGCCGGGACGCUGUGCGAUGUGGUCAUCAUGGUGGACAGCCAGGAGUUCCACGCCCACCGGACUGUGCUGGCCUGCACCAGCAAGAUGUUUGAGAUCCUCUUCCACCGCAACAGCCAGCACUAUACUCUGGACUUCCUCUCUCCGAAGACCUUCCAGCAGAUUCUGGAGUAUGCGUACACGGCCACGCUGCAAGCCAAGGCGGAGGACCUGGAUGACCUGCUGUACGCAGCUGAGAUCCUGGAGAUCGAGUACCUGGAGGAGCAGUGCCUGAAGAUCCUGGAGACCAUCCAGGCCUCAGACGACAAUGACACGGAGGCAACCAUGGCGGAUGGCGGGGCCGAGGAGGAAGAGGACCGCAAGGCUCGGUAUCUCAAGAACAUUUUCAUCUCGAAGCAUUCCAGCGAGGAGAGUGGGUAUGCCCGCGUAGCUGCCCAGAGCCUCCCUGGGCCCAUGGUGGACCAGAGCCCUUCCGUCUCCACCUCAUUCGGCCUUUCAGCCAUGAGUCCCACCAAGGCGGCAGUGGACAGUUUGAUGACCAUAGGACAGUCCCUCCUGCAGGGGGCCCUUCAGCUGCCUGCCGGGCCUGAGGAGCCGACUCUGGCUGGGGUUGGGCGGCACCCUGCGGUGGCCGAGGUGAAGCCGGAGAUGAUGCAGGUGGAUGAGGUGCCCGGCCAGGACAGCCCUGGGGCAGCUGAGUCUAGCGUCUCAGCCGGGAUGGGGGACAAGGUUGAGGAAAGGGGCAAAGAGGGACCCGGGACCCCAACUCGGAGCAGCGUCAUCACCAGCGCUAGAGAGCUGCACUACGGACGUGAGGAGAGCGCCGAGCAGCUGCCACCUCUAACCGAGGUUGGCCAGGGCCCCCCAGGCCGACCGGAGCCCCCCGCGCCCCCAGCUGAGAAACACCUGGGCAUCUACUCCGUGCUGCCCAACCACAAGGCCGAUGCCGUGUUGAGCAUGCCGUCUUCGGUGACCUCGGGCCUCCACGUGCAGCCCACCCUGGCCGUCUCCAUGGACUUCAGCACCUACGGGGGUCUGCUGCCCCAGGGCUUCAUCCAGAGGGAGCUGUUCAGCAAGCUGGGUGAGCUGGCCGUGGGCAUGAAGGCAGAGAGCCGCGCUGUCGGGGAGCAGUGCAGCGUCUGCGGGGUGGAGCUUCCUGACAACGAGGCCGUGGAGCAGCACAGGAAGCUGCACAGUGGGAUGAAGACGUACGGGUGUGAGCUCUGCGGAAAGCGGUUCCUGGAUAGUUUGCGACUGAGAAUGCACUUACUGGCUCAUUCAGCGGGUGCCAAAGCCUUUGUCUGUGAUCAGUGUGGUGCCCAGUUUUCGAAGGAGGACGCCCUGGAGACACACAGGCAGACCCAUACUGGCACGGACAUGGCUGUCUUCUGUCUGCUGUGCGGGAAGCGUUUCCAGGCCCAGAGUGCGCUCCAGCAGCACAUGGAGGUUCACGCGGGCGUGCGCAGCUACAUCUGCAGCGAGUGCAACCGUACCUUCCCCAGCCACACAGCCCUCAAACGCCACCUGCGCUCACACACAGGUGACCACCCGUACGAGUGUGAGUUCUGUGGCAGCUGCUUCCGGGAUGAGAGCACGCUCAAGAGCCACAAGCGCAUCCACACGGGCGAGAAGCCCUAUGAGUGCAAUGGCUGCGGCAAGAAGUUCAGCCUCAAGCACCAGCUGGAGACACACUAUCGAGUGCAUACAGGUGAGAAGCCCUUUGAGUGUAAGCUGUGCCACCAGCGUUCCCGGGACUACUCGGCCAUGAUCAAGCACCUGCGAACGCACAACGGCGCCUCGCCUUACCAGUGCACGAUCUGCACGGAGUACUGCCCCAGCCUGUCCUCCAUGCAGAAGCACAUGAAGGGCCACAAGCCCGAGGAGAUCCCGCCCGACUGGAGGAUAGAGAAGACUUACCUCUACCUGUGCUACGUGUGAGGCGGCUGCGGCGGGGGAGCGGGGAGCAAGAGGAGAAGAGAGGGAGCGGGAUGAAGUCCAGGAGGACUGUGCAAAAAAAACCACAACAAAAAACAAACAAACAAACAAAAACAAAGAAAAAAGAGAGAGAGAAGGGAAAAGGAAACCUGGGGGCUGUCGGGCUCUGGGUUGUCUCUGGGGCUCCAGGUGACCCGGAUGCCUGUCUGAGCCCCUCCCCUCGGGCCCUCCACCCCUCCUUUCCUGGCUGGAGCUCUCGGCCUGCUCUUCUUGGAUGGGGUGGAGGGGCCUUUUGUUCAGCUCGGAUGGUGGGAUGUUCUUCUCUUCCCUCCGCCCAGAUCCUCCUUUUGUGUCCGGAAAUGGAGACGAGGAAGGGGGGAGGGCUCCUCCAGUCAGAGCCAAACCACCUCUGCCUGCCGUGCUCUCACUGAUCCCUCGGGAGGUGGGGGCUGACGGAUGGGUGG